CAGAUGUUCGUGCUGGUGAUCCUAACGCUGCCCCUGCUGGUACGCUGCCAUCCUAUUAACCAGGACCUCCUACCAUUAGACUGCGAGGACAUUUUCAAUAAUGGAUCCACCCACAGUGGGGUGUACACCAUCUACCCAGUGGGGCACAAGAGACCGGUUCAGGUGUACUGUGAUAUGGGCUGUGCCGAAGAUGACCAUGACCUGAACGGCAGAUGGACUGUGAUUCAGAGAAGGAUGGAUGGCAGUGUGAACUUCUACAGACCCUGGGAUCAAUACAGGAACGGGUUUGGAGACGUAAACGGAGAAUAUUGGCUGGGUCUGCAGAACAUCUUUCUGAUCACAUGGAUGCAAAAACAUGAGCUGAGGGUGGAGAUGGAAGACUUCGAGCACGCGAGGGUCUACGCCCAAUACUCUUCGUUUUACAUCGACUCGGAGUCCGACAGGUACAAGCUGCACGUCAGCGGCUACGUCGAUGGAGGAGCCGGAGACUCACUGUCGUAUCACAGCGAGAAUCCGUUUGCAACCUUCGACAGAGACGUUAGCAGCUGGGCUCUAUCAUAUGAAGGAGGAUUUUGGUUUGCCUCCUACCUCCGGGCCAACCCCAACGGCGUGUACAAGUGGGGUAACGGGGUGCCCGCCUACACCGGGGUGCACUGGUAUGACUGGAAGGGGAACUACUACUCCCUGAAGAGCAUCGAGAUGAAGAUCAGACGUGUGUUUCUGUCCGAGCUGGAGGAGUAG